AUGGACCACCUACAAUAUAAACGAAAAAGAUCAUGGUCAGAGGGUAGGCAAGCAUCACAGACUGUAGCUGAAACCCGAGUUAACACGCCAUUAGGACACUUUUCUAUCAUAUUAUGUACAACAGCUACAUCUUUCUUUGGUUAUGCCGCCUUCUUGGACAAGGUGAAGCACCAUUUACAAUCAUUUUCCAAUGACGACGCUGCCCAUAAUGUUCAAAGCUGGCAUUUGUACAAUGCUGUAUAUAACUCACGGCCUCAAUUUCUGGGUACCUUUCAAUCUUUGCUGGUAUUACAUAAAGAGCAGGUUAAACCAGAAUAA